AUGGCCACUUCGAAAUUCUUUGGCUGCCGUCAACUUGAGUUCACGCUCGCCAUCGCGAUUUCUGUCCUCAAUGCGGUCGUGUUCGCGCUUGCUUUUGCGAAUCACUACACUUUCGACAACGGCAACGGAAAAACUUGGACCUGGGAGCUGACUGGGGCCAUCGCCACUUUUGGCACUUCCGGUUUUUGGAUGCCGCUUGAAUUUCGACCCAGCCAGUGCCGGCGAUUCUGGUCGACUGUCCGUCCUCUCCAGCUGAUUGCUUUCUGCUUCUCGCAUGUUGGAGUGAUGUCGUUUAUGCUCAUGAACGGUGCCACAACUGGCUGGCCGAGUAAGCACGUCGACAUGCUCAUCGCCAUGGAUGUUUUGGCUUCAAUCAGUGGCUUCUUGGCUUUCUGGCUUGGACUCAGCAUGAAUUACAGAGGAGACGAAUAA